AACGACGAAAUCUCUAGCUCAAAUUCUGCCUUGCUGGCUGCGUUGUUACUACUACCCAGAGAUUGUGCACCUCAAUGGCCACGAUGGCCGCGGAAACCCCCAACAUCCCUCAGCAACGGCUCGGCGUCCCGUCUCGGAAUCCGCUGCCUUUAUCGGCUUCGCAAGAGUCGCAGGUGCGAGACAUAUACUAUGCCAGAGUGCGCAAACAAUGCGCCGACGAAAUCAAAGCAUUUGCCGAUUGCGCCCUCGGCCGAACGUUUAGCGUCACGUUUGCCUGCCGAGCUGAACACACCGCUAUGAAUGCCUGCAUGAAGCUCCGGGCUACGCAGGAGGAACAGGACGCCGCGCGAGAGGAAUGGUUCGCACUACGAAUGGAACGACAGCGGCAGCGCGAGAGGAAAACCAAGAUGGCAGCCGCCCAAGAAGAGUUCAUGCGGGAGUGGUGGGGUCUGCCAGAGGAUGUGAGGCUGUCGAGACAGAAAGAGAUGGAAAAACGAGGAGAGACGGUACCGCCCCUAAGACCCGAUGGCAGCACGAAAUAAGAUGCACUUGUGGAAAGAAGAAGAAAAUCAUGGUUUCUGUUGGCGUUUUAUGUUGGCGCAGGGAGUGUGUUUUUGCAUGGACCAAAGACUUUGAUGGCUUUUUGUUUGAGUAUGAGUUGAUGAGAGGGGGCAUGUACAGAUAUAGAUAACGGGGACUUGUACGAUAUAACGUGUUGAAAAAAGGAGAGGCCGCUUUCUGAAUAGCGCAGCGGCCGAUUUAUAGACGACUAGAAACUCACUGCUUGACAAGCA